AUGGUCGGCGGCGUCUGUUCUCCUUUUGCGGUCGCAGAUUUCUCUUCAUUGUUGGCUCUCAAGUCUCCUUUCUUCGCCGCUCUUGGUCUCUCCCGCCUCUUCUGCAUGCAACCUGUCGAGACGCAUUCUCACCCUACAGAAAACAGCUCUGCUCAGACUCGAACUGCCUCGCUCUUCUCUCUCCUCUUUUUCCUCGUCGUUCUCUUUCUCGUCCGGAGCCUCGUCUGCCCGCGCUUCUUCUUUUCUGUUGCCUUCCUCUCGUCUCGAUUUAACGCGACAACUGUGCUGGUGGCUCCUCUCUUUCCUUUCCUCGCCUCUCUUGCUCACCCGGCGCCGAGCUUCGGAAUCGCCUCGUCGCCGUCUCUCCUCUCCUCAGUUGCCCUCUCUCUCCAUCCCUCGCCUCUCGCGUCUUCUCCACGGAGCUCUCCACUUCUUCCUUCUCACCCUUCGCCGCCUUCCUCUCGUCUCCGUCUUCCAGCGUCUUCUUCUCUCUCUUCUGCUUUUCGACGGUCUCCGCGUGGUUGCCCGUCGGCUGUACGCUUGUGUCGGCUGUAUGCACACCGCGAAGGCUCUUCUCGCGGUUCGCCUGUGUCGGCGUCUGGCGCGUCUCAGCCUCGGAGUCUUGCAUGCACCAUGGCGUCGGCGGUGUUGCUGAGACGCCUCGGCUUCGUUGGAAGUCCUUCUGCGUCUGUCGCUUCGCUUCAGGGAGACCUGGCAGCUCGCCACACGACGCAGAGGCUUCUGUCGCUCGCCUUUGCUCGGAGGGUGAACUCCCCCCGAUCCCCGAACCAGGCGAAAAGGCUCUUCUCUUCAUCGUCUCUCUUCUCUCCUUCUUCUUCUUCUUCUCUCUUCUCUUCAACUCUGGCUUCUCGCUGCCGCAGCGCCUGCCAGUCGUCUUCGCCUCCCAGCUUCCUCGCCGAUCGCCGGCGCCUCUCUUCUUCGCUUUCUGCGUCUCUCUCCUCUCUUUCUUCUCUCUCUCCCGCUCUGCGGCCUUCGAACGGGGGCGACCCAGCGUCUCCGCGACGGUCCUCUCCUGCUUCUCUGUCGCGUUCUGCCGCCUUCUCCUCGGCGUCCUUCCCCGUUCCGAGCCAGCUCGAGGGGGAUGUGCUCUCGGAGCCGCCCUCGGGUGUCUGUACACCCGACGGUGUGUUGGGCGAAGGCGCCUUCGCCCAACAUGCAGCGCCAGGCGUCGCCGACGCGCUUUUCCACGGCGAGAUGCCUUCGCCUGCGUCGCUGAGUUUCCUCUUCAACAGCGUUGUCAAAGUCUACAGCGACUUCACAGACCCAAAUUACUCGCUUCCUUGGCAAAUGCAGCGACAAGGCACGAGCACGGGAAGCGGUUUCGUUCUCAGAGAUCGGCUCAUCAUGACCAAUGCGCACUGCGUCUCCUGGAACAAUCGCCUGCAAGUUCGCAAACACGGGUCGCCGAACAAGUUCGUCGCGCGAAUUGUGGCGGUGGGACAUGAGUGCGACCUCGCUCUCAUCACAGUCGACGACGAAGCCUUUUGGCAGGGCGACUUGGCGCAACUUGAAUUCGGCGAUGUCCCCGCUCUCCAAGAUGCUGUAGUGGUUCUCGGAUAUCCUCGGGGAGGAGACAAUCUUUGCAUCACCUCUGGCGUCGUCAGCCGGGUCGAUGUGAAUCCCUACGCCCACUCAAACACUUGUCUCCUGUGCGUGCAGAUCGACGCGGCCAUUAAUCCUGGCAACAGUGGAGGUCCUGCGUUGAAGGACGGCCGAGUUGUCGGCGUCGCCUUCCAAGGCUUCGACAACGCGCAAAACAUAGGUUACAUCGUCCCCACCACAGUCAUCAAGCAUUUUCUCGACGACGUGAAGAGACACAAGGGCGUCUACACGGGGUUCCCCUCCGCCGGCAUCGUUUUUCAACAUCUCGAAAACAAGAGCAUGCAAGCCUUCCUCGGUCUCGACAAAAUCCAACCGCGACAACUGCCGCCAGGCGUCGAGGCUUCCGGCAUUUUAGUGACGAUGGCAGACGAGCUGCGCGCGCGUCAAUUCGCGCGGCAUCUCGAGGGCGGAGCGCAAAGCGCAGGAAAGAGAGAAGACGGCGAGCGAGGCGACUCGACAGAGACGAACCAAGCGGGGAAGAAGAAGGAGGAACCUGCGAGCGACAGCGACGAAGACGUUCGCCUGAAAGAUGGAACGCGAGUUGGCCUGAAAAAGAACGACGUCAUUCUGGCGAUAGACGGAGUCGAUGUGGCUAACGAUGGAACUGUCUUCUUCAGAGAGAUGGAAAGAGUAAAUGUCUCGCAUACGAUUUCUUCGAAAUUUAUCGGCGACACUCUCCGGGCCACCGUCCUGAGAAAGAAGGAGGUGGUUGACGUCCUUGUUCCGCUUAUCGAGGAGAACGCGCUUGUUCCGAAGCACCAGUGGGACAAGAAGGCGCGGUACCUCAUCUACGGAGGACUUGUCUUCUGUCCUCUCACUCUCGAGUACUUGAAGGAUGAAUUUGGAACGAAAUUCAGCGAACGCGCACCUGCCUCCCUUCUCCAGCCUCUCGCCGACAUCUUUGCGAAGGAAGAAGGAGAGGAACCUGUUAUUCUCAGCCACAUUCUUGCGUCGGACCUCACGAGCGGAUACACGUUCCGGAAUUGCCUCCUCACUCAUGUCGACGGCCAGAAAGUCCUCAACAUGAAACAUCUCGCCAGCCUCCUUGGCCUUCCUCUUCCUGCUUCUUCUCCCUCUUCUGCGCCUUCUUCGGUUUCUUCUUCUCCUGCUGAGUCGUCGGAGAAGAAGGAGAACGACUUUGUCAUUUUUCUGCUGGAGAACAAAGUUCAACUGGUUUUGGAGCGGUCGAAAGCUGAGAGCAUGCAGCCGUUUAUUUUGAAGCAGCACGCGAUCCACUCCCCCACCAGCGAGGUCUUGUGAGCGACGCGGAGAACGAAAAGAGAAAGAAACAAGAAACGCGGUCGCCUCGCCGUCAGGUGCCUGUGCUCGCUUCACCGGCGUGUACAUGCAACGCGAAGCAGGGCAAAGAGGCGAAGAAACGAAGAAGGAGGAAAGAAUGAGAAAGGUACGGAAAGGAACAGAGAGAAGGCGAGAGAGAAUUUCCUCCUGUUUUUGUAUGAGCGUUUCUGCGUCCAUGGUUGUUCGAGCGAAGAGAGUGCUCGCGGCCUCUAGGGCAUUGAAAGAAACGGGCCAUUCAACCGUCAGUUUUUUUUGUUUCAAUCAACUGGUGUUCGGUGUGGCGUCUGUUUCCGCCGACUCAUAAGGAGUCCGUGCUCGCACAGAAGAUGCUUAUUCUGUCGGUCAAGUGUGAAGACUUGCGAACGGUCCGAGACUUUGCCGGUACGCAACUGCGGCGCUUCUCGUGUGCAGCUGCUCUGUGCCUGAAGACGGAUUUCUUUUCAUUGAAGAGUCUCCUUCCAUUG